AUGGCCGGGCCUAGCGGGGUCAGGACCCGGCUCCGCGGAGUUCCGAGGUGCUCGGGCCGCGCCGGUGUCGCGGUGUUCGGCCCGACCCCUGGUGAGGGGCGCUCCGGGCCGGGCCGGGCUCCCGUGGGCGGCGGGCACCGCUUACCGGGAGGUGACGCUGAGCCUUGCCCGAGGCCCGGGCCCGGCUCCCGCGGCAGACAGCGCCGAGUGAGCGGGCCCGGCCCGGGCUGCCGCUGUCACCGGGGGGUGUCCCGGGCGCGCCUCCCUGCGGGGCUCCGUCCGCCCUCCCUGGGCCCCUUCUCCCCCUCCCCGGUGCCCGGCCCGUGGCCUUUACCGUCGGCGGAGGUGCUGAUGAGCUCUGCCAUGGUCCGUGCGGGCUCCAUGCCGCUGCUGCCGGGCCAGCCCCGGCGCGUUCAGUCCGUGCCCGGUUGUGUCGGCCCCGGGCGGGCGGCGUUCGCCGGCUGUGGCUGGAGCGGCCCGGCCGCCCCCUGUGCUGCCCCGCGCCGGGGGCUCCGAUCCCACCCGCUCCUGCUCCGGGGAGCUGAGCCCGAAGCAGAGCCGGGAGCGCUGACAGCACAGCGGGGAAUGCGGGGAGGGCUGGAGAGGAGCGCGGGGCCGGCAGGAAGCGACUGGUGGGGCACGGAGGGAGGAAACGCCAAGGGCCUGAGCUCACCCUGAGCUCACCGUCAGCCUCGGGCCAUGGCCCGGCUCAGCCUCACGAGCCCCGUGCCUGUUUAUUGCUCUGCUGCCCAAUUUCCACUUAGGUCAUCCGGACCAGCCUUUGCUCCCCACACACGGUGUUUAUUGCCAUUGUUCCCUUUGUCCCUGAUCUGAUGACAAUGAGCCUGUGGCAUGUCCACCUCUUCUUUCUCACUGCCUUACACCGAGGGCAGAGCUCAGGGGGGCUGCAGCUCCUUCUG